AUGUCGGAUCAACAAAAGCACGAGGCCCUUCAGCCUAUUCACCCAUCCAUGGCCGGCAAGCUCGACCCGGUGUUUGAGAAGCUGUACAACAACAACGUCGCCAACACGCCACUGAAACCGAUCGACUUGGAUAUUCUCAGAACAAAGUACUCGGUCCUUUACUCGUACGGCACUGGGCCUGCACCCGAUGUUGGACGUAUCUAUGACUCGGAAAUCACCACGCAAGAGGGGCUCACAUUGAAAUUGCGAGUAUAUGAGCCUGAGGGUUCUGGGCCUUGGCCUGCUCAUUUGGACUUUCACGGUGGUGGCUGGGGAUUGGGGGACCUUGACACCGAAAGUCACAUCUGCAAACACAUCUGCAAAAAAGCCAAUGUGAUUGUGGUCGACGUGGCUUAUCGUUUAGUCCCUGAAAAUGCCUUUCCGUGCGGCAUCACCGACAGCUUUGCUGCACUCAUGUACAUCUUCGAAAAAGGCGCUCAAGAAUUCAACAUCAUGACGGACAAGUUAUCCGUGGGCGGCGUAUCGGCAGGCGGAUUCAUCAGUCUCGCUUUAGGGCAUUUAGCACGCGAUGCUGGCAUACCCCUUCGCUUGGUAGCAGUAGGCACCCCGGUUAUUGACGACAUCAGCCAGUAUCAGACAGCGGCAGAUUCUCCCUUUGCGUCAAUGCAGCGAAACGAGCAUGCGCCGACACUCAACUGGGGCCGUCUAGUGUGGUUUGACAAACUGAAAUGGAGUUCGCUCGGCUCAACGCCCGAGGAGAUUGCAGAGAAGAGAAAGCACAUGCCUGGUCUCUUUGCCAACCUCCUCGUGGCAGACAACUUUGCCGACAUGGCUCCGACUGUGAUAUUCACGGCCGGUGCGGACCCCCUUUGCGACGAAGGGGAGGCUUACGGGAGGAAACUGAUCGAGAAUGGAGUGCAGGUCACGAUGAAGAGGUUCCCUGGAGUGCCUCACCCCUUCAUGCACAUGGACAAGGACUUGUGGCAGGCCAGUGAAUUCAUAGACCAGUCAGCAAGGGCCAUCGGCCACGCUCUGUAUGAUAGCUGA